AUGGAGGAUACUGCUGCCAUUUUAUGCAAAAAUUACACUGGUCAACAUUCAGAAAGAGGGAAGAUUGUUUCAUUGACUGUUCCUGUUGUCUGUGAUCUUGUAUGCAGGUACACGAAGAAAUGUUCAGUUAAAUGUUUUGUGCUGGCUGUCCUUGGGACUUUUGCCUUCUUGUUCCUUUUUCAGAGGAAACAGUUUAAUAGCUUGCAAAAGGUUACUGAGAAAACAGAGUAUGUGUAUACAGAGACUACAGACACUCAAUUUGAAUCCCAGCAACCAAUUCCUUUGUUGGAAUGCAAAGAUACAUCUGCGUCUGACAUGCCAGGUUUCUCUAAACUACCAGACCACAUAAAGGACUUCCUGAGGUACAAGAACUGCAGAAGUUUCCCAGUCCUCCAAAAUGCCCCCAUGAAGUGUGGUGGUCCUGAGCAAUCAGACAAGGUCUUUCUUCUUCUUGUGAUCAAAUCAUCACCCAGGAGCUACACACGUCGAGAGACCAUCCGUAAAACAUGGGGACAGGAAAGGACAUAUGCAGGGGUACAGAUACGACGUGUCUUUAUACUAGGAAGCAGUUCAAAUCAGAAUGAAAACAAAAAAAUCCAGCAACUGCUCUCGGUGGAAAGUGAAGAGAAUGCAGACAUUCUUCAAUGGGAUUUCUAUGACACUUUCUUCAAUCUGACCCUGAAACAUGAAUGGUUGCAGAAGACCUGUCCUCAUGUGAAAUUCCUCCUGAAUGGUGAUGACGAUGUCUUUGUUAAUUCUGAUGCUAUGGUGGACUAUUUGUUAGGGCUAGAAGGAAACCAGGGUGAUAAACACUUGUUUGUUGGACAGCUUGUUUGGAAUCCAGUAGUAAAACAUGAUAAAUCAAGCAAAUAUUGUGUACCUGAAGCAGUAGCUCCUGGAAAUGGUUAUCCUCCUUACUGUGCAGGUGGUGGGUUCCUGCUAUCAGGUUUUACAGCCAGGGAGAUAUACAGAGCAUCCCAAAAUAUUACACUUCUGCCAAUUGAUGACAUUUAUAUUGGGAUGUGUCUGCAAAAGGAAAGCUUGUCACCAGCAUCACACUUUGGCUUCAGGACAGGAGGUCUAGACCUCCCUUCUUCAUCUAAGAAUUCCUUUGACCCUUGUUACUAUCGCGAAUUUUUGUUAAUCCAUCGUCUUAUGCCUUAUGAGAUAGUGAUGAUGUGGAAGGCCAUACAUGACCCAACCCUAAAAUGUGGUAUUUCUGUACCUUGAGAGUAUUUCUUACAUCCACAGAUCUUUAAGAUAUAACUGUGCACACACCAUGACAAUCCAUUUUAGUUAACAGAAUGCUACUCUGCACCACUGCAUUGCCAGUACUUUGAACAUUUUAGCAAUUUUUUAAACAAGAAUUAGAAAAGCAUUAAUAAUUUUGUUUUUUACUUGGAAGAAUCAUGAUCAAACAUUGGACAGAAAUGUUUAAGUGGUAAACUGUGAUCUAUAAAUGUGUAGAAACCAGGGAUAUUAUAUUAUAGAGGCAGAUGUCAUAAAAAUAUUAACCAGACAAAGAAGUCAAAGGGCAUGGAAAUGAAUAACAGUUAUGCCUGUUUUAACUCUAGGACUUGAAAAACUGCUGUCUGAAUGGUUGAAGUCAUUACAGUAUCAUAAUGAGAUUACACUAUGAUAUCAUGAUUCAAAAACUGAAAACAAGGAACAAAGUUUUUACAGUCUAUAGUCAUAUUUUGUGGCAUUAGUAAUACUUUCCAUUACAUGAUGUGGUGUCAUAUAAUUAGUUCAUUCAAGGCUGAAAACACAUUGCAGUAACUUGUGACAAAUAUCUAAUACAUGAUGUUACAUCAUAAAUGCCACAUUUACUUAUUUAUUUGAUAACCUAAGGUUCUUUUCGGCCACACUCUGGAUCAGAAAGGCAAAGACAAAAAUAUCCAGUGGGUCUACAUGUUGUCUCACUAUCUAAAAUGAACAGUACACAAGCAGUAAAAUUCCAGAGGAACAUGAAGCAUAAACAAAAAUUUCAAAUUUAGAGGUGCUAUAUAUAAUAGAUAUGGAGCUAACAUAUCAAGUAUAUUUUAUAAAUGUGUGUUUGUGUAUAUGUUUGUG